AGACCGGUAUGCACGGGUGCUCAUAGAGAGACAGACAAGUGCGAACAGGUGUUCAUAGAGAGGCAGACAGGUGCGCACGGGUGCUCAUCGAGAGACAGACAGGUGCGCACGGGUGCUCAUAGAGAGACAGACAGGUGCGCACAGGGUGCUCAUAGAGAGACAGACAGGUACACACUAGUGCUCAUAGAGAGACAGACAGGUGCUCAUAGAGAGACAAACGUGCUCAUAGCGAGACAGACAAGUGCGCACAGGUGCUCAUAGAGAGACAGACAAGUGCGCACAGGUGCUCAUAGCGAGACAGACAAGUGCGCACAGGUGCUCAUAGCGAGACAGACAGGUGCUCAUAGAGAGACAGACAAGUGCGCACGGGUGCUCAUAGAGAGACAGACAAGUGCGCACGGGUGCUCAUAGAGAGACAGACAUGUGCGCACAGGUGCUCAUAGAGAGACAGACAUGUGCGCACAGGUGCUCAUAGAGAGACAGACAUGUGCGCACAGGUGCUCAUAGAGAGAUAGACACCGCCUGGUACGGCAACUGCUCCGCCCUCAACCGUAAGGCUCUCCAGAGGGUAGUGAGGUCUGCACAACGCAUCACCGGGGGCAAACUACCUGCCCUCCAGGACACCUACACCACCUGAUGUUACAGGAAGGCCAUAAAGAUCAUCAAGGACAUCAACCACCUGAGCCACUGCCUGUUCACCCCGCUAUCAUCCAGAAGGCGAGGUGGCGAAUCGCAUCUCUGCAUGUCUGGCAGACAUAUCAGUGUGGAUGACGGAUCACCACCUCAAGCUGAACCUCGGCAAGACGGAGCUGCUCUUCCUCCCGGGGAAGGACUGCCCGCUCCAUGAUCUCGCCAUCACGGUUGACAACUCCAUUGUUUCCUCCUCCCAGAGCGCUAAGAACCUUGGCGUGAUCCUGGACAACACCCUGUCGUUCUCAACUAACAUCAAGGUGGUGGCCCGUUCCUGUAGGUUCAUGCUCUACAGCAUCCGCAGAGUACGCCCCUGCCUCACACAGGAAGCGGCGCAGGUCCUAAUCCAGGCACUUGUCAUCUCCCGUCUGGAUUACUGCAACUCGCUGUUGGCUGGGCUCCCUGCCUGUGCCAUUAAACCCCUACAACUCAUCCAGAACGCCGCAGCCCGUCUGGUGUUCAACCUUCCCAAGUUCUCUCACGUCACACCGCUCCUCCGCUCUCUCCACUGGCUUCCAGUUGAAGCUCGCAUCCGCUACAAGACCAUGGUGCUUGCCUACGGAGCUGUGAGGGGAACGGCACCGCAGUACCUCCAGGCUCUGAUCAGGCCCUACACCCAAACAAGGGCACUGCGUUCAUCCACCUCUGGCCUGCUCGCCUCCCUACCACUGAGGAAGUACAGUUCCCGCUCAGCCCAGUCAAAACUGUUCGCUGCUCUGGCCCCCCAAUGGUGGAACAAACUCCCUCACGACGCCAGGACAGCGGAGUCAAUCACCACCUUCCGGAGACACCUGAAACCCCACCUCUUCAAGGAAUACCUAGGAUAGGAUAAAGCAAUCCUUCUCACCCCCCCC